UGAUUGUACUAUUUACUCAAGAAAUUCUUGAUAAUAUUUCCUUCUUAAUAUUUAAAUCGUUAAAUAUAAUUGCAGUAUGCUUUAGCAAUCAAACACAGACUAGAAAAAUAAGUAAUAUAGGUUUAAAUUUUAAUUUUUUUCUUUUUCCGUAAAUAAGUUAAUAAAAAAUCUGGGCCAAUGGAUCUUGAAGACAAUGCUUUGGGUUUGACCCAGGAUCAGACCGAUAAAAUUUUACAAUUUCAAGACUUAACUGGCAUUGAAGACAUGUCGAUAUGUAGAGAUGUUUUGCAGAGACACCAAUGGGAUCUAGAGGUAGCAAUUCAAGAACAGUUGAAUAUUAGAGAAGGGCGGCCCUCUGUGUUUGCCACAGAAGCUCGGGCACCACCUGUUGUACAUGACCACAUUGCACAGCAAGUUUUUACCGAAGAACCACCAGAGGGACCUGGAGGUGUCAGGGGCCUAAUACGUUAUGUUGUUAAUCUAGUUGUCUCAAUGUGCUAUAGUACAAUUUCAUCUGUAUUAAACUUGCUUUUAAGUUUUGUACGUAAUGAUGAUAGAAGACUGGCAACUGAUCCAUUAGCAGAUGUAAUGAAUUUCAUCAGUAGCUACCAAACAAAAUUCAAUGCACACCCAGUCUUCUAUCAGGGAACUUAUGCUCAAGCUCUAAAUGAUGCUAAGAACGAGCUCAGAUUCCUAAUUGUUUACUUACAUUCAGAUUCAGCACCAGAAACACAGAAUUUCUGCAGAACAACAUUAGCAGAUCCCGAAGUAGUCCAAUAUAUAAAUACGCAUGCAUUGUUCUGGGGUUGCUCAGUCGAGAGUGGGGAAGGUUGGCGCGUCGCUCAGUCGGUGGGAGGUCGGCGAUAUCCUCUUUUGUGCGUUGUCUGCGUGCGGGAACAUCGCAUGACUGUAGUCGCUCGAAGUGAAGGGGCCUGUUCCGCCGAAAUACUUAUGCAGCGUCUUCGUCAAGUUGUCAGUGAAAACGAGGGUCACUUAGCUGCCGCUCGAGCGGAUAGAGUGGAACGCGAAGUGACAGCGCGGCUGAGGGCUGCCCAGGACGAAGCAUACGCCGAAUCCCUCGCGGCCGACCAGGAGAAGGAGAGACGAAAAGCGGCCGCCCGUGAAUUAGAACAGUUACAGCAACAACAGUACUUAGAGGAACUGGAGCAAGAGGAACGCCGGAAACAAGAGGUGGUGGAGGCUCGUAAAGCGAUGGCGUCUCGUCUGCCGUUGGAGCCGUCGGGCGGCGCUGACACCGUGGUGCUUCUGAUCCGUCUACCAGACGGCGAACGUCUCACUCGCAGAUUUUCACAUUUCCACACCACUCAGGAUCUAUACGACUUUGUGUUCAGCCAUCCGCAGUCUCCGGAAGAAUUCGAGAUAACGACCAAUUUUCCCAAACGCGUGUUAGCCCGAGGAACGUCCAACUUGUUGGACGUGGGACUGAAGGAUCGAGACGUGUUGUUCGUUAACGAUAUCAACGCUUGAACACGAAUAUGUAUACAUUCUAGUUUUAUAUAAAUUGGUAAUAAAGUGUCGUUGUUUGUAAGUAAUGCUCUUUUUUUGUAGUAACUUUUUGGGGUCAAUGUUUCUUCCUUGUUGUUUAAGAGUGUGGUACCCAAAAUCGGUUUUCAUACAUUUAUGACUAUUGAUAUUGUAAUCCAUGUAAUCAGCCGUCGGACAGUUGUUUCUCUCUCGGAAUUUUUUGGAGGCGGUGUAAGAGAAUUUCUCCCGAUGAUUAAUGUGUUUAUGAAAUGUGAAGAUUCUGAAGGGUCUGAAAUAGGAUUAAUGUAUUACAAAUCAGCUCGGUCUUCUGAAAAACAAAACAGAUGUUAAUCAUUUGCAAAAAAUUAAAAUAAAAUAAAUUGGCAUAGUAAAAAUGCUGGAUUGCGUUUUACAAAUAUGUACAACACAAUUCAAAAUCAGUGAUGCUUCGAAAAGGACUCGCACGAGUACGGUGUGCUUCCAACAGCUGCCGCCUGAUGACAAAGUGCGGGCAUUGACCCCGACUUUUGUAAGCUUUACAUUGCGGAUUCGCUUAAUGCUUUUCUUUGAGCAAAAAUAAUAAUAAAUUAAAACAAUACCUAAUAAUUGUUCUCCAUGAAUGCUAAGGUGGUUGGUGUUUCGGCGUCGGGAGAUUGUUCUCUUACAUUAAAUUUUUACAUGUAUUUUAUUCGAGUUUACAUCUUGAACACGAAUCAUAGGCAACGUAAAGAUGGCGCUAUAUUAGUAUAAUAAAAAAAAUGAAAAAACUUAUUUUAUACUAGUUGAUUUUUGGACCACCCGUAGAUAUUAAAAUUAGAGGACCGAUUGCAGAUUUUAAUAGAAGUGUGAUUACAAUGCUCAUAAUAUAGGAUACUCUUGUUAUUGAGGCAAUGUAUAAAAAACGAGGCUGAAAGCAUCAGAUAAUCAUUUAGGCAUUAUCAAAUUUCUCCCUUCAUUUGAAAACGUUAAAAAUACAGUAAGAAAGGCAAAUGAAUAAAUCCACAAAGAACGAGUCGAUGCAACUAGAUUUUAUAAAUGCAGUAGCUUAAGUUAUUUAAGCAGCCUGCAAACAGAAAUUGAAAUGUAGCGUAUCUAAUUCCUAUAGUGAUGUCUGUUAUUGGGGUUUUUUAAAAGAUAUUUUAAGUUUUAUAUUUACAUUACAUCUUUCCCCGUGUGAAUUUUAUUGUAGUUAGUUUUUAUGUCUCCUAGUAAUGUGAUAUUGAAUGUUAAAAUUAAUUGUCAAUGUACAUAGAUUAAGAUGUAAUGUUUUACGGUAUGAACUAGCGGUCUUGGCGAAUAUUUAUAAAUUGUGUCUCGUUGUAUCUCGUUCUCACUUUGUAUUUCUCUCGGAAAAUCAUUUGCACUCUCUGGCUUAAAGGCUUAUUACACUUAGCUAAAUUUAGUCGACUGAAUUCAGUGAAGUGUAGUAGCAUUCAGUAAGCUAGCCUACUAAAUUCAGUAGCAAGGAUGGUUUCUGACUGACUAAAUCAUAUAGAAGACUAUUAAGAAACGCAUUUAGGAAGGUGUAAUCGCGUUUAGUUACUUAAUGAUUUCAGUCGUCCCAUAGCUCUCCGUGCGUAAGAAUGUUUUAGUUUGUUUUUUACUUUCGAAUAAAAAGUAUUUAUUUCUGUCACCUUUAUUUAAUAUGCCAGACAUUUAUAAAUAGCCCGACAUCUUUCAGGGAUAAUUUUUGUCAACAGGGGUUGGGAUAUUAAAGAACUAAAUUUUAAAUCUCGAUACGAAUUUCCUGUUGCAAGAAAUCUUAAUGCUACAACCAAUCUUUCUUUUGAACUUAUACUAUCUCGCAGGAUAGUAUCCUGCUUUUGAAUAAACGGUGUCACAAGGUUUAAUAUUAGGUCAAAGGAUCUCGAAUCCAUUCGUAGAUACUUUCUGAAGUCUGCUGGUUCUAAAUCACUCAUAAUGUUCAUAUUUGCUAACUUUCCGCGCAGCAUUAAAUAUUUCUUUACCCAUAUUCUUCUUUUUCUUUUUUCUUUUUCAAUUGAGCCCACAGACCAAUUUUUUGUUGCCUAGACAAUGCUGGGGCCAUCCGCUUACAGACACGACACGUCCUACUUCGUCGCGUUUAAAUUGACAGUUGAUUCAGUAAUUGAAUUUAGAACAGUGUAAUCAGAAGCUUCUAACUUGCUUCUAAAUUUGCUUCUGAAUUCAGUCGACUAAAUUUAGCCAAGUGUAAUAAGCCUUUUAAAAAAUAUCGUUUACAAACACACAGAUCGGGUCUCUCGAAGAAGGCCGACUAAAACAGUUGCAUUUUUAAUAUCGGAUAGACUAAUCUUAUUUAGCAGUAACCGGAAAUUCUCGACUUUGCUAUGAAUAUCAUCGAUUUCCUAUUCCGAAUUUUACGGACAUUCACGUGGCGUCAUAGCCAACAAUAUUAUUUUAGUACUUGACAAAGUUAUUGAAAUAAUAGGAUUUUAUCAAAGUGGUAUUCGACACCGAUAGAUACUAUUUUAAUUCGUUUAGUUUUCCGAUAAUUAUUUAUUUUGUAUAAUAUACAUUUCUAAUUUUGUAAAAGAUGGAUAUUAAAUUUUUAAAUAAGUUUCUGACAAUGUUUUUUAAAAAUAUUGUUC